UUCUGCAGCAUCUUCUUUUCCAUGGGAGAAAGAAACAAAUCCUAGUGUAAUAUCAGAGAAGAACGAGCUCAACAGCAGCUUUGCUAAUGAUUGUAAUUCUUCACUCGUGAUCCAGCUAAGAGCACAGAACCAAGAGCUAAAUUCCACUGUUAAGGACCUAGAACAACAACUGCAAGCUCAAGAAAAAAUGAGGAAAUCCCAUAUGAAUAAACAUCAAGAAACUGAACUGCAGCUGGUCAGAAUGAAGUUGGAAUUAACAGAGAAGGAUAAGGCUCUGAACAAAACCAGAGAUAAACUGACUCAAACGAGAACACAACUUGAUCAAGCUACCACACAGGUCCAAAUGAUGGAGCAAAAGGUGAAAAGAUUGUCAGAAGAACUGAAUUGCCAAAGACAGAAUGCUGAGAGUGCUCGUCAGUCUUUGGAACAGAAAAUAAAGGCAAAGGAAAAGGAAUAUCAACAGGAACUCUCUUGUCAGCAACGCUCCUUACAAACACUGGAUCAGCAGUGCAACCAGAUAAUAAACAAACUGCAUCAAGAGCUGCAGCAAGCCAAAAAUGACUUCAAUGCUCUACAGGCAGAAUUUGACAAAGUAACGGCAGUAAAACAACACUUGGAAUUUAACACUAGUGAUCUCACCCAGAAGCUGUGCACAGCAGAGCAGGCUUUGUUAGCAGCCCAGACUAAGGAAACUGAUUUGACAAGAAGCUUUGAGGAAGUGAAGCAGGAAAAAAACCUUCUUGACUGUCAACUUGGAAAAAAAUUGCAAGAGAUCCACCAGCUUGAAGAAGAGCUCACAACGAUCAAUCAGUCUCUAAAGCAGAGCCAGAGUUUUGCGGAAGAGAUGAAAAAUAAGAAUUCUAUUCAAGAAGCAGAGCUGAAGUUACUAGAAGAGAAAUUUAAAAAGCAAGAGAGCUGCCUUUUGCUGGAGAAGCUGCAAGUAGCUUUAGCUGACAUGGAAAAGCAACAAGAUUCUACCCAAGACCUGCUCAAGGAAAAAGAGAAUCAUAUUAAAGAACAAAACUAUGAAAUAAGUAAAAUGGGGGAAGAAUUGGAAGCUUUGCAGAGGCUCCUUGGACUCAAGCAGAGAGAAUGUGAAGAACUGCAAAAAGAGGCCACUGCUUUUUCCCAAUGGAAAAGUGAAAGUGAUCACCAUAUAAAUAAACUGAAAUCUGAGAAGGACGGUUUGCUGACCCAUAUUAAUGACUUGGAGAGGUCCCUUCAGAGUCAGCAGAUCAAAACUCAUGAGCAUAGUGAGAAACUCAGCGUGAUGCAAACUGAAAAUGACAGGAAGAGCACAGAGAUUAGAGAACUUAGAGACAUGCUGGAAUGUAAAAGUGCAGAAUUAGAGGAACAAAAAAAAGCUUUUGCUGAAGUUCAGUGGAAAGCAGAAUGUUCUGACAAAAAGCACUGUAAAGAAGUGGAAAACAUGACCUGUAAAAUACUGCAGCUUACCAACCAAGUUGAUGAAGUAGAAGAAAAGUUGCAGUUAGCAGCAAGUGAAGGACUGCAAAAGGAGCAAUGUUAUCAAGAGCUGCUCAGUGAAUAUGAAAAAAUCUGUCAUCUUGUAAAAGCAAAAGAUGCUUUCAAAAUGACAGAAGAUGGAGAAGUUGAUUUGAAAAGUGGCCAGGAUAAAACUGGUUUAGAUAACACACAACUUGCAGCAAGUAACUCCAUUACUGACAAGCAUGGAUGUGCAAGAGCUCUUCUAGAACUAGAACAAACUAAGGAUCUGGCCAUUUUACAAGAUCAGAUCUCAUCUCUUGAGAUCUCCUUAGUGGGUCAAAAGCAGCUGAACGCAAAUCAGCGCCAGCAGUAUGAAGACUUGCUGCAAAUAAAGGGUGAAACAGAAGCAAGAUUACUUAGUGUAGAGCAGAUGCAUGAAAGCUUUGUGACAGAAACUAAACAGCACAUUAGUAACUUGCAAGCGGAUAUUUCAGUACAUCAGAAAUUAGUUGAGGAAAAAGACAUGCAACUGCAAACUCUGAAUGAAAGAUUAGAGAAAAGACAAGCUGAGCUUCAGGAUUUGAAAGUCAAUCAUAAAUUGCUUGAGGAUUCAGUCAGACAGCUGAAGCUUCUGUCUGGAACGUGGGAUUCAGAGAAGAAGGACAUGUCUUCAAUGAUUUGUUCGUAUAGCAAAACAAUUGAGGAACUUACCGAAGAAAAUGCAAGCCUUAGGGAUUUAAGCAGAACUUUAGAGCAAGGACAAGUAACUUUACUGGGAGCAAAUAAACAUCUUUCUGAUAGUUUAAAGGAAAGAGAAGAAGUAAUUUCUGAACUGUCCAGAAAACACAAAAAGGAAAGAGAACGUAUUGAAUCAAGAACUGAAGAAAUCAAAUCGGAGCUUGAAGCUUUGCAAGCAAAGCAUGAAUCGAUGGAAGAAGAAAAUGCAAAUCUGAAGAGCAUUCUCAAAGAGCACGCAACUGAAUCUGAGGAAAAGAAAGCAAAAUUAGAACAAGAGAAACAGUUCUUUAGUGAGAAUAAAGAUAUCUUACAGAAACUAAUAGCCUCAGAAGAAAUAAAAAAGGAUUUGGUUCAACAACUUCAGCAACUACAGUCAGAAUUUUCCAGUACCCAAAAUGUGCCUUUGACAGAGCUUGAAUGUUUAAGACAGGAAAUGUUAAACAUAAGGGCAGCACCAAAUACAACGCAAGAGGAAACUGAUAUCUUAUUUCAAGACAAGGAGCAAUUGGGGAAGAAUCUGGAAAUGAAAAGUAAACCUCUAAUGUGUGAUGUUGGGUGUGAAGAGAGACUCCAUUCAGAACAGUUGAGGAAAUCCAUAGAAGAAAAAGAUAUUGAGUUGAAUAAAUACCAAGUUAAACUUGAGCUUCUUCAAAUGGAUUUUGAGGACAGAGAACUCUCUCUAGAGAACUACAAGUUAGAAGUGAUGCAGCUGGAGACCGCUUUAAAAGGCGUAGAAGUAGAACUUGAGAAAAGCAUGAGAGAGAAAGAGAGGCUGCAAGAACUGCUGUCAGUUAAAGAACUGAAAGCUUCAGAUGACGAUGGUCACUCACUGGAAUAUAAUUAUGAUGAUGUUUCUCAGAACUGUGGCAAAAGAGGAAUGGAGGAAAGUUUUUCAUCAUUCUUGCUGGCAUCCUCAUUGCAGGUAACGCUGAACAACCUGAGCAAGCUUGAGAAAAUGUGUGAUAGCCUGCAGGCUGAGAACAAUGCAUUAGCCUCUGGAUUUGAAGACUCAAAAAACAAUGGCAGUACAGGUACUGAUAAAGUGGCAGAGGAGAGAGAGAAUAUAAUGAAUGAAGAUAGAAAUUUAAAAGCAGAGGAAGCUGUUUUUCCUGAUGAAUUUAUGGAUCAAAGUGAUAGCAGUGAUUUGAGAAUGUAUUCUGGUAAUAAGGAAAUGUCCUUCACACUUAAAGAAUGCAGUACUGGAUCCAGCUCAGACUACGAGGAUUUGAAGUUGUCCAGCAAAGAAGUUAAAAUACACUUUGCUGAAGUGAGAGAGAAGCUUUUGUCCUUCCAGAAUGAACAUAUAAAAUUAUAUGAACAACAUUGCAGUAUGAGCUCAAAGAUAUCUGAGCUACAGUCUUGUAUUGAAAUGCUGAAGGCAGAAAAUUCUGCACUGUCAACAAGUACGAGCAAUGCACAUAAAGCUUCUGUGAGAGGGCCACUGUCUUCCAGCCAAAGUGAUAUGGUGCCUCACUCAGAUGAAACAGAGUCCAUAGUUUGUUCCUCAGAUCCCUUGCAAAGUCCCUGUUUUACAGAUGUGCGUGAGGUGAUUGAUUCUUGUAACAGGGGUAGAUGUAAAUGGAUGGAGGAAGUGACUCAGCCAGACAGUUCUGCAGAAAUAAUUCCAGAAGAUGCAACAAAAGCUUUGGUUGAAAAUUGUUGCAAUGAUCACAAGUCGGACUCUGUAAUGCCCAGGAGCAUUACUCCUGGGAAAUCUAACCUUGAGAGUAAAAUUGAAGAGCUUCAGAUGCUGUGUCAGACAUACAAUAAAGCCAUCAAGGUGUUUGAAGACCAAUUUCGCAUCCAAGAGAAUAUGAAAAACGAGGAAAUACAAGAGCUGAAAAAUGUUAUUCUUUCUGAAAGAAAAGAAGUAGAUCAUCUCAAACAGCAAAAUCUAUCUGACAGAGAAGAAUGGCAGCAGAAACUGAAUAAUGUGACUAUGGAGAUGGAGGGCAAACUGGCAGCAGAAAGAGAACAAACUGAGAAUCUAUCUUUGGAGCUGGAAGCAGCAAGACUUCAACUCCGAGUCCUUGAUUUAAGUUCUCAUUCACUGCUAUGUGCAGAUAUUGUAAAUAUGACUGACCAAGAAACCAGUACUCCUUAUCGAUCGGGAGUGCCUACUGAAAACUCAGCGCUGAAAAACAAAAGGUGUAUACUAAUCCCCAUUGAGAAAAUGGCUGUAGGAGGUCCCUCUGUGUGUGAAAAUGCAACUGAGACCACUGAAGCAAGACUAAUGGAAAAUUACACUGAGAUUUCUGGAGAACAUGAGGGUAGAAAUAUGUCAGGAAAAAUAACUAGCCCUUCAGACCAUGCCAGUGCAUUAUCAGUUUCCAAUAAUAGGGUGUGUUUGUGUGCAGGGUAUUUCUCUGAAAAUCAAAUAACCACUGAAAUGCUUCGGGAGGAGGCAAAACAACAGACCGCUGAAAACUUGAAGCGGAUCUAUAAGAUGGAAGAAAGCCAUAAACAUGUUGAUUUACUAAUGAAAGUUGAGCAAUUAAACUUGGAGCUGAACUUUCAGAAUCCACAAUUAGCUCCAAAUUGCUCAGCUUUUGCAGAACUGGAAGAAGCUGCUGUAGUUGUCAAGGGAGAAAACUGUGGCAUAAAGGAAAUACUGGAAUCAGUUUCUAUCAAUAACCAGCAAGUCUCUCUUACAGCAGAAAACGAACCUGAGAACAUAAAUUCUGAGCUUGAGGUAUAUAAGGUUAGAUUCCCUAAUACAGCAGACACAUUGGAUGAUGUAGAAAUGACCAAGAGAGAUUGUCCUGACCAAUUUCUUGCAGCUGAAAACGAACAGAGGAGUCCUAAAUCUGAGCAAGGUAAUAUUAAGAACCAUAUCUUGUUCACAGAGCAUGAUACUGAAAUGCUUCAGGCAAAAUGUCAGCAAUUAGAAAAGGAGAUGGAAGUUAACCUGGAAACUAUUCCUAGCUUCCAAGAGCAACUUGGUUCAGUCACAGCUGAGAGAAACCAUAUUAACCAAGAACUGAGUAUUUUGACUGAAAAUAAAAAGGAACUGGAUCAGAAGUGCCAGAAGCUACAAGAGAAAUUAAAAGAGCUGGAGUCAGCCAAGGUGGAUUCUGAUGAAUUCAUUAGAAGGUUAGAGGGUGAAGUGAGGACACAAACAAAUCUGCUUGAGACUGCAAAAUCUGACGUAAAUCAGUUAUCAAAUGAAAAAGAGCAUCUUCUGCAGAAGCUGCAAAGUUUGGAAAAUGAUGUCGUGUCUUUCACCUUAGAAAAGGAAAAACUCCAAAAUGAAGCAGCGGAUUUGAAGAAGGAGAAAGAGCUGAUUGUAAGAGAGCUGGAAAUAACGCGGAGUAAAUUAAGUUCAUCAGAAAUGGAAAAUUCCAAGUUUUCCAGAUCUUUGGAAGGCUUGUUAAUGGAGAAAGGUGAACUGGCUGCUAGACUCGGCUCAGCACAGAAAGAAGUAGACCAAAUGAGACACGGAAUUGAGAAGCUGAAAGUCAAAAUUGAAUUGGAUGAGAAGAAAAAGCUCCACAUUGCUCAAAAGCUGAAAGAGAGUGAACGGAAAGCUGACUGUCUUCUAGAUAAAACUGAGAGGCUUGAAAGAGAACUGGAGAUGUCAGAGAAAAAUCUAGAAGAUGCAAUUAUUCAGUUGGAGACUGCAAAAGCAGAGGCAGAAACAGUAACAGUGGAGAUGGAAGAGAUGACUGAAAAGCUGAAAUGUUUGAACGUACAAAUUGAAGUCCUCACCUCACAAAAAGAAUGUUUGGCUAAAGAUUUAAAAGAAAAGCAAGAAAGAAUCCUUGAACUAGAGGCUGAGAAAUUGACUACAGCAAAACUGUUAGAAGAAAAGGAGGAAGAAAGGCUGCAAGUCAAGGAAGAGUUUGAAAAUGCUAUGGCAUUGCUGAAAUCUGAGCUCAAAGAGAUGAGUGAGAAAUCAGAGGAGGAAGGAGAUGCUAGAGCGAAAGAGCAAGUCUUGAUUAACCAGGUGGCUCAUCUUGAGCAAGAUAAAACAAUGCUGUCACAGGAAUGUCAGGAAUUAAAACAUGAAAAUAUCAGAUUGGAUCAAAUGAGGGAAGAACUUGUUCAAGAAUUAACGCUUUGUAAGCAAAAGCUCAGUGAAAAGGUGCAGGAAAACAGUGAUCUCGAAAAGGAGGUGAAAGAAAGAGAGGAGCUGUCUUUACAGCUGACACAUAUGCACCCUGAGCACGCACACUGGCAACAGGAAAAAGAGAGGCUGCUGAAUUUGGUUGCUGAGUUGAAAUUGAAGGAGCAACAUGUUCCUGAGAAUGAAACCUUUCCGGCUAUCCUGGACAUUCUAAAAGUGUCCUAUAAGAACCUUGAGAAAGAACUGGAAUCUACUCGUUGUGAAAAGAGCACUUUACGUGAAAAGGUAAAUGAACUGAUGGGAAAUCAUAGUGAGCUGCGAGUCAAGCUAAGUGAUGCUGAACAGAAGAUUUCCCAACUACAGGAAGAAUUUACCACAGAAAGAGACAAGCUUGCUGAAGAAAUACAACUUAUUCAAGAACAUUCAGAAAAGAGCAAAAUUCAGCUGCAUCAAACUGUGUCAGAAAAAAAUGAGCUGACUAAGAGACUGGGCACGGUCCAGAAAGAACUGCAAGAAAAAGAAAGUGAAAUGAAGAGAGAAAUAUCAGAAUACAAAACCAGAUUACUUCAAGCAGAGAAGGAACAUCAGGAUGCUCUGAUGGAAGCAAACCGAAAGAAUGAAGCUGAAAUUGAGGCCUGUCAAGAUAAGAUGAAUUCACUGGAGCACUUUAUCAGCUCUCAAAAAUUGGAAAUAGAGCAUUUGAAGUCAAAUAAAGAAGAGCUGAAUAAUUCCCUUAAAGAAGCUAAACAAACAUUAGAAGAACUCCUAAAAACUAAGGCUGAUAACAUUAUAGUUCAACAGAAGAAGGAAGAUGAAUUUACCCACAGUGAAGUGCAGCUGUGGAUGAAAUCCUGUAAACAGAUGGAACAGGAAAAGGAAACGUUGCAGAAACAACUUGUUGGACAUGAUGAAUUAUUAAACAAGAAAACUCUAGCUAUGACAGAGUGUAGGAAAGAAGGUGCCGAUGAGAAUGCUGUUAUGGAGGAAAUGAAGUUAAAACUGGAGGAACUACAGGAAUCUACAGAAGUGAAAACCAGAGAAGCAAAUGAGAACUUGGAGAAAUACUGUUCUCUAAUUGUUAAAUAUUAUAAACUAGAGGAAGAAAAUGAGAUGCUAAAAACACAAGUCAGUUUGUUGAGUGCACAGCUGAAACAGCCAACAAGUAAUCUUGUCAGCACUCCUUUGCUGAAUUCAGAUAACUCACUGACAGGGAGCAAUCAAUCUGUCAAAGAGAUGAGGGCAGCUGAAGACGCUACUAAGCUUUCAAGUAAAAGGCAGAGACAUGAAGACAACAGGAAAGAUAACGGAGAACCAAGAUCCCCUGUGCCAGAGACUUUAUCCAGGAAAAAAAGGAAGGAUGAUGUCUGUCAAGAUCUGCUAGGGUUUGCUGAUAUCACCAGUGGAAAGGUUAGCCCUUACGUUUUACAUCGAGCCACCCUAAAUCCAAGAACCAGUCCCCAUCUGGCUUCCCCAAGCGAGAAACUGCCUUUGCCUGCGCACGAUGUACAUAAACAUAGACCAGAUAAUCUUGGUGAGCGCUCCUCUUCGACAUCUGGUGGCAGCAAACCACAAAAGGUUUAUGGUGAAGAAAAGUCCCAAGCACUAACAGCUUUGUCACCAAUGCAAUCUACUUCAAGGUCACCACUUUGCCCAUAUAAGCAGUCCACAAAAAGUGCCUCUGAUAAUACCACGGAGAGUCAUAUGAUGCACAAAGCCAAAAAUUCUCUAAACCAACAAGGACUACCUGAGCAAGAGGAGCAAAAAGAAAACUGUAAGGUGCAGUAAACUGGUGUGGACUCCAUCACAAUUCAGAAUAACUGAUGAACAAAACCCAGUUUGUGAAAUAGCAGAACUAUACAGAGGGCACCAUUUUCUCUUAUCCAAUGGUGAACAAUAGAUGGGUCCUUCAGGGCUUGUUCUUGAAUAUUUACUAACGCCAAUAGUCACUCAAACUUAUGGAAUGACGAAGAAAUGGGUAUAACUGAACUUCUGUAGAACUUUUGGUAGGUAAUUCUUCAUAGAUCUGUUAAAAAAAUUAAACUCUGGAAAAAGUGGACUACAUGUUGCCACAGUUCAUUGUUGCCAUGUUUUCUGUGUGCCCAAGGUUGAUUUACAAAUGGAAACUAAACUCACUGAAGUAUCUUUAAAGAUAUUAGGUUCCAGGACAAAUGAGGCAACCAGUAUUGGAUAGUUCAAAAUGAAGCAGUGACUUCAUUUGUGAUUGAAAAACCAGAUAUAAAAUCAGAUAUAAGACAAUUCAGUGCACAAUUCCAGUGCGCUGGUAUCCCUUCUUCCAGGUGGAAUAACAUCCUGCAAAGGGGGAUGAGACCCAGUGUGAACAAACUCGGAGAGGACUGUCUGUUUACCCUGAGACUAAGCACCUACCAAACCAUUUCUUUGUAUUUCCCAGUAUGUACUGGCUUUGAAUGUACCUGAAGGUCUUACAAUGUUCAUCUUCACCUCUCCAAAAUGGCCCUUGACUAGCCAGCAAUCCUCAGCAAGAUGAGGGGAACACUAUGAACCAGAAAGGACAUCACAACACACUGUGCCUUGCUCUACCAGUAAUGGCUGCCCGCUGAUUCUCUGCAGGUCACCCUUUACCUUCACAAUUCUUGGCCUCAAAUGUGUCACUUCAUAUGAAAAGCACUGCAGACUUGUUCCUGAUGUAAUGAGAGUGGAUGUGUUGGAGAAAUGCUCAGGUGUCAAAAAUACCUACAUAAAACACCUUGAGUUAGGCCCUUUUCAUUCAAGAAAAAUCCUAUUUCAGAUCCCAAAAGAAGGUAACUCACCUGGAAAUGGCAUUUAAGAUUCUGGUGUCAACAGUUUAAGAAACUAACUCCAUCUAGUUCAUGAUAGUGCGUUUGAAUUUAGGAUGAUUCAUUACAAGUAAGCUCACCACAACCAGCUUGUACUUGUGGAUUUCAAAGGUCUAAUUUGGCUUGCUCAAUAGCAUAGAGCAAUUCUCUGCAAGAGAAAAGGGUGGCAUCAACUAAAUCAGUCAUUAUCCAACUGAACAGAAACUACUUUCCAGUCAUUAAUAUUGCUUAUGCUUGUCUGCCCAAGCCAGGUGUUAGGAAAAUCAAACUCCUGUACUUGAGCAGUAGUGCCCUAAGACUCCAAAUUGCACAGCAGAGAGGCAUUUUCACACUAUUCUUCCAUCAGAAAGAUGUUUCUCCUUUCAACAAAAGCGUGUAGUAAUGUUUCUGCUUCUUGAAAAAGAUUCUUUAGCUUAAAAGUUGACCUUUCAAAGUGUAACAAGUGCUUCUCUAAUGCUACAAAUAUAAAGUUUUACUUGAGUUAUUUACAUGCAAAGGAGAGUGAUUUUCUCUAUUUACAUACACACUAUUAUUCUGCCUUGCUUACAGCGUUGCCUCUUAGAAUGCAGUUUAUGAGAAGAAAUAAGCUGCUCAAACUGAAAAACCUCUUGAAGAAAUACAGCAUUUGUCUCAUGUCUAACAGAAUAUUCCAACCAACAAAAGCCUCACAUACAAGCUAUUCUUCAGCAACUAGAUAGAGCUAUGGCUGUGAUCAGUAGAUCUUGUGGCUUUUUCUUAAGCAUCUCAAGCUGUUUGUUAACUGAAGCAUUAGGUAAUUACAACAAUCCUUGUGGCACUAUGUCCACAGGCAUCUUCCAGGGGAACUGAAAGAGGCCCAACUUAAAGGAUGCAUUUUGAUGGUUUCAUCUUCUGUCAGUGUACCAACAAAGCUCCUCAUCAAAGUUCAAUUAUUUCAGAUAAGGUUUUGUAUCUUCAAAUUAUUUAGGGAUCAUGUGUGGAAUUGUAGCAAUCCUUUAAAAAGCUAACACUCCUCAGGUAGAAGCACGGGUGUGAAAACACAUUAGUAGCAAAUAAUAGCAAAAAAAACCACCCCAAACUGGUGUGAUUUUAUUUGUCCCAGUGAUUGUUCUAUUUUAAUCCUAUGCCUUGAAAAGUGUCCCACUUGGAGAUGAGUGUGGAAAAAAACAUCUAUCUUUAGAAAGCUGCCUAAUCUUAACCAGACAAAUUUAAACAACUAUGUUAUAAGUAAAUAUUACUAGAAGAAAGGAUUGAGGCUUUAAUAGUUACAUAUUUUCCCACUUGGCCAUGUUUGUGCUUUAGAAGCCUUUAGAUUUCAGUAAGCAUUUGUGUUUUGAAAGAUUACAAAGCCUGUUAUUUUCCAGUAACUAGUAUGUAUUGUAGUACUUAGCUUUUGGCAUAGGAGCUAAUACAGGCUAAGAUUUCCAAGAGAUCUUAAGUUACUUUCAUUAAUACCUAAAUCAUUUGGAAAUGGGAUUCGAUAUUCUACAUCCUAUUGCAAACUGAUGAGACCACAGGUCACAAUUCAUGUAGGGUUCUGAAAGGUGUAUCAAAACCUUAAUAUCCAAUCUCUCUGUAAAUCAAAAUAUCUAAGUGUUUCAUCAGAAUUCCUAGUGAGAGGAUUGCAUAGGAUGUGUUUCCUCAGCGUCAGCUCUCCAUAACAAAUAAAAGGUCACUUAUUAUCUGGCUUUGUGAUUGUGGAAGUCCAUGUAAAGAAGUCUUUUUUUGGUGCGCUGGCAUUGUGCUUGGCAAGCUAACCCAAUUGUUCCCAUAGUGAUGCUGUGUUAUGUCACAGGAACAUGCAUUAGCUGGAUCUUCCUUUCUUCAUUUUCCUGUUUGCACAAGGUUUGCAUGGUAAUUGGUGUAAAAUCUAGCUGCUUGUCCUGGGCUAAUUUCAAAUGCUUUCUGCUGUGCCCAAAGUUACAAGUUUAGAAGCGUGUCAUGGGAAUGCUGGUGUCUGUUUGCCAUGCGCCCUUACAGCUGAUGGAAGGGUCUGGCUGGUUCAUGAUGUUCAGCUCUUUCUUCAGGCUUUGAACUAUUCUUCUCCUUUUUACCUAGUAAUGAAAGGAAAACAAAAGAAGAUUUGUUUGGCUGCUGCUCUUCCAUGUUUAUUAUUAAGGAACAAUAUUUGAAUUGAUCUCUCCUAUGUCAGAAUUUAAAUGCUGCCAGGUCAGAUCCUGUCCUGAUUUCUGGAGCCCCCUCAGCUGCAGAGCUGAGCAGGAGUUCCCCAAGCCUUGAGCACAGGAAUAGCACAGCAGUGGCUGGCCUGAGACAGCCCUGUGCUUCCCAGGACAUAACUACUGUCUCAUCAACUGCCAUUAGGGUAGAGUUUGUACAGAAUCUGUAAAAACUAAUCCUUAGUUGGGGAAAUGCCAUUUAUCAAACAUGGGCCUGUGCUAUUUUCUCAAGCAUCAGCUUCCAGAAGAUGCUCUGCAUUGCACUGCAGUUCCACUCCUGUGCACGGUGCUGCCAUCACUAAUUUUGCUGGCUCACAGCAAGCUCACUCAGAAGAGUCUGCCAGUCCAGUAAAAACCAGUGGCAGAGAAGGAUGGAGCUGAAAGAAGAAACCCGUUCUCGCUCUCCAGUUUACUGAUCUUGUUGAUGUGCCCAAUGAUUGAUGCAAAUGUAUAUACUUUAAAGAGAGGAAUCAAAAUACCACAUGGAGCGGUUAUGAAUCCAAAUCUGUUUUGUCCCAGGCGUGUGUAUCAAACAAUAAUGCUGUAUUGCCCUAAAACCUUGACAGAGAAGUGCAACCCACGCCUAAUGGGGAUUUUCUUUGUGCUUGUCGUGGUUUAGGCUCAGUUAGUACUUGGAACCCAGGACAGUACUAUACAUUGCAAAUGAGUUCCUUUUAGACAGGGAAACACAGCUGAAUGACAUCAACACUCUGUAUUGUAGGGAAAGUAGUGUCACUCCAUGGCCGAAGUGCCACCCCUCUGUUCCUGCUUCUGAGGUUUCAGGUGUCUAACCCUAAAAUGACUCCAACUCCCUCUGCUUUUGCUACCUCAUCCUGAAUAGCCACAAACUGCAAAAGGCAGAAGUUUUCUGCAGAAAACAGUAGCUGAAAAAAGCUGUUUGAACUUUGUAAAGCUGUUGACAACUGAAUACAUGGUGAACCAGUGUGAAAGCAGAUGGAAAUGGCAGUGUUCAAAAGCAGUGUUGUGGAUUUGCUUAAUAGACUAAGUAUAUCUACAGUUCUAGUGACAGGAGAUAGGCAUAUCUCCUCUGAUAUACAUAUAUUUGUGUGUGCAUGUUCUCUGACACGCUUUUAGGCACCCCCAAGCACUUCUGUCAGUGUAGAGUUCAGAAAAUGUAUGGAGCUUAGAAAAACAUGGUGUAGCUAUAAACCAGAUCUGUUUAGCAGAUUCCAGUGCAGCUGGCUUGAACAAUUCAGCUGUUGGAAUAGUUAGGUGAGUGCACUGAUGGGUGCACAGCAACAUCAGCAGUUUUCUGUAUUUUGCUUUUCUGCUGCUCCAUAAACUAAGCAGGUGAAAGCUCAGUGAGAAUCUGCUUUCAGUACUGGUGUUUCAGGAUUCCUUUAUUUAGGAGGCCUGCUGAGUUCCUCAUGUAAUGAAAUGCAGCGUAAAUGCGUUUGGCAUUGUGAAGGAAGAUUGACUUGUUCAAGAAGUCUGUGUAUCCGCAUCAGAUUACAGAUGUGUUUUGGUUUUAGAGGCAAAAUGGGCGAGUGGGAAAUUAUUAACUGUAGUUGGGGACUGCUUUGAUUUUGUUCACUGCAGAGAAGGGGAAAUGUUCUGUAUUCUUUUGACCCCAUGCUGAAAAAUAACCUGUUUUCAGUACUGUUGUUGAUACUUAAA